UGACAGAUUUUUAUAAAGUUUAAAUAUAUGUAUAUUUCAUGUCUAAUUUCUCGUCACGAUAUGGCUGAAAUAUUGCCGAUGUGACGUAAAGCAUUACCUCACUCACUCACUCAAUCUUAGCCAACUAUGUGUAAUUGCUCUGUUUAUGAAAGAUGAGACAAAGGUCCGACAGACAUGUCACACCGAAGUCCAACCAAAUGCUAUAUUGCCUAGGGCAGAAUACCUUACUGCAGGACGCUGGGUAUUGACAACCAAUAAAAGAUUGGAUCUUGUAGUGGUAUGUGAUACGGACAUGUUUUCAUAUACCAUAGUGGUCUUACCUCCGUUGGCAAUAGUUAAACUGAACACAUCAUGUUCAGCAUCUAAUGAUCAUUUGACCUUACUCCCUUAUUAUCAUAAUGAAAGCCAGUACGAGUUGGAAGAUAAUUUUCUGAAGUUAGUUCAUAUCCCGAAUGUUUCCAACAAGUUGCUCUGGAAACCUUUCUUGAAAACUGCUAUAAAACUGAACUUGACUAGGUUACCUGAUAAACUCAAGAGUAUCGAGAGUAUCCCUAUGAAUCAUCUUAUUGAUCAGCUUAAUGAUUUACAGGCUAUGGUACCAGAUGAGGAGAUGUCAGAUUGGAAAUAUUUCUUGGGAAUAACCUUAACUGUAGUGGGAAUUCUUGUGGGGAUUUUCUUGUAUGUAAGAUUUAUUAGACCCUGGCUAACCAAGCGAGGAAUGAGAGGAAUGUCUUGGCUACAACCCAGUUUGAGAUGGCGCCAGUUGACACUGGGAGCGCAAGUCGCACCUAAAGAGGAAACCUACCCUCUGCGCCACUCUUGACACAAAGGGACUCCGAUCAAGCAGAAGAAGUUCGACCAACUCCCGCCAUACGGAGCAUCUACCCGACGCUGGAUGCGGGUACCCGAGGGCAUCGUGAGUUUGACUAACCCACGUUGAUAGGAGUACGGACAACAGAGAACUACAUGAAUUGUUGUCGUCGCAUACGAUCAGAACACCAUACUACAGAACUUUACAAGUUGACUGUGAAAAUAUACACAACGCAUGAAAGACGAUUUAACAUGGUGCAGCUGUUUGCACUUCGGUUCUUGAUGUGCGAGGAUGAAUUGUACCCUGUUUCAGAAUGUGUUUUAUUUGUGAAUUUAUGUAUGUAUGCAUAUUAACUAUAUUCUAAUUAGCAACGGCUUGUUGUGGCUUGUACAUACAUUUGAGGUAUUCAUGUAUCUACGGAUUGUCAUAAUUUUUUUAAGAAAUUUUAUGCUGAAAAUUUCUCAAUAAGAAAAGGGCGAAUGUAACACUAUCCAGUAUGGCCAGAGGCUGUGUAGAGGUGAGCAGAAGAAAGGGGUCAGUGACCAGGUGGUGGUCAUAAAUCGGACAGUGUUGACAAAGAGUUUCCCGUGUACUGUACCACGAACUUGUGUCGACCCCCCCCCCCCUAAAAGGUUCAAGUGUCAUUUCAUGACCAGAUGACGGUUAUAAAUCGGACAGUUGUUGACCGGUUUAUCGUACCACGAACUUGUUUUGACCCCCCUGAAGAUUUGAGGGUCACAGCCUUCCUAUAUAAACCGCACUGUCAGUGUAGUCGGGGAGAGAGGCAGAGAAGGGCGCUGAACACUGACCAGGACCAGACCGACAAAGCAGUCCAGAAGAAAACGGCAGAAGAACACAAGCCAAGCUAACAGUCAAGUCACAGCUCAGAAGGCCAGCACACCGGGACGAGCUCUGGUCACACUGGGUCACGCCUGAAACAGCCCAUAGCCCCUCUCACAGUCUCUGCCACGCCCUUGUUAAGUGUUCGUAGUACCAGCGUAUGAAAAAAGUCCUUAUUAUUAUUAAAACCUGCUGAAACCGAAGAUCGUGUUUGUCUGUUGUGCUACAAAUAGUACCAAGCACAUGCAUAUCUUUGUAGUCUGAUAAUUCGCAUUAUGCUGACGUGAGCUCUUAUAAAUGUCUGUGCAUUAUGUGUUUCUAUGGUCUAAUGUGUAUAACAUGUUCAUCGAUGUGGAAUCAGACAUAUUCGUUCAGUGUUAGUGCAAUAUAUCUGUACUUUAUAUGUAUGUUGCAGUUCAAGUGCUUGUCAGCGGGUUAUCAAGUAUUGCUGCAACCAAGUCUGUGGAGAUGAUAGGCUACAAAACAGUUGCACUUUCACUGAUGCUGGUUGUGGCUGGCCUCUUCAUGGCGUAUCUGACAGUUCUAAGGACUGAGGGUCCUCACAUGAUGUCACUGGGGACUACUGAUAGGCAUCUCCGAACUGGGAACCUUGGUCACCGACAUGACCAUGAAGACCACUUUACACGUUUACUGAAGCUGUACCAGCUGAAAAUGGAAGCACUACAGAAGGUAACUCAGAAGACCAAAGAACCAAACAGUAUUUGUACCAACAGUUUGCCGUCAGAUGAAGAAUGUGUUGAUCUGAAUUGUGUUCACACCGAACCAGAGAGUCUCCCAGCCAGACUUCACAGUGUUAUAGACACGAUGAACUCGUCGAACGUAGAAACAUUGAACAGAAUUAUGCAGUUGAAAGAACUGCAAGUACAGCCAACAGGGAAACGGCUUCUCUUUAUUACGGCGGCGUCAUCCAACCAUUAUCUGGAGUUUCAAGCAAUGCUGAAAAACUUUCAUGAAACUGUCGCUCCAAACUUCAGUAAUUAUUCCCUCAUCUUUUAUGAUCUUGGACUUACGCUCCAAGAGCGCGCUGAGGUGAAGAAAUAUUGCAACUGUGAAGUGAAAACUUUCCCAGUGCUGAAGAUGGAAUACUGGAUGCAAAAGUUAACAUGUUACACGUGGAAGCCUCUGAUAGUACAGGCCAAUAUCAAGGCUGCAGACAUACUGGUGUGGAUGGACGCCUCUGUUAGACUGACAAUGCAGGGGUUGAUGGAGACACUCCAGGAUGUCCAGAUUCAGGGAAUGGUCAUCAGAAAGGGACAUGGGUCCUUGGCUCAACACACUGACACUCGAAUGAUGAGCUACUUCAAUACCACAUCCUGUGUAUAUGCCCCUUACAAAAUGUCAAGUGGUGGUUUUAUAUUUCUUCAUAAUGAACAGUUUGUCGGAGGCCUUGAAUACUGA